UUCGCUUUACUGGCCGCACAGGCUUCCGUAGAGCCGCUCUAAAGAUGGUAGCUUCCAUGUGCUAACGUGAGAGUGAACUGGAAGCCGAGUCUGCACUGUAGCGACAAGGACGCAGACUCUGAUCAGCCACUUUUUUUUUAUUUAUCGCCUUUAAAGAAAUUACCUGACAAAGUCGAAAAGCAGCCUCUGCCUCGUGGAGGCGUCACAGGCACGAUCACUUUAUGCUGGGGCGGUCAUCUUACCUGUUCCCCCUCAUCGUCUCCCAUCACCUGCAUCAUUCUUGCACCUGUUCUGCUAGACCGACACUUCAGUGGAGGCUACACAGUGCUGCUGCUGCUGUAAUCAGCAGAGGACUGAAAUCAAUGGAGUCCCUAAAAGCCCUUCAGGACCCAGAGGUUCCCACUACCAACCCUCCACCUACGUCUGCUGGGUCUGCAGCAGAUGUUGUGAGCCCGGCCCCCUCAGACACAGCGUCUGAUAAGGAGAAGACACCCCCUGUGGGUCUUUUACCAGGGGAGACGGUGGUCAAGGAGGGCAAGGCGUCCAUCUUGUUUCCUAGUGCAAAUGAAGUGUUUUACAACCCAGUACAGGAGUUCAACAGAGAUUUGACAUGUGCUGUGAUCACAGAGUUUGCCAGAGAUCUGCUGGCUCAGCGUGGGGUGAAGGUGGUGGUGCCUGGAGAGCAAGAGAGGGUGGUGGUCUCCCUGUCGGAGGAGACAAACGACGCUGACACGCAGAUAGAGGAGAAAAAUGGAGCCGAGGAGCCAGCUGUAACUGCAACAGUGGGGGAGAAAUGUGAGCGUGGUCUUCGUGUCCUGGAGGGUUUGGCUGCGUCAGGUUUGCGCUCGGUACGUUUUGCUCUGGAAGUCCCCGGCCUGCACAGCGUCACCGCCAACGACUUCUCCACCAAGGCUGCGGCCCUGAUCGCCAGGAACACCCAGUACAAUGGAGUUAGCCACCUGCUCCAGGCCAGCUGCAGGGAUGCCAGCAUGCUGAUGUAUGAGAUGCGGGGGAAGAAGGAGCGGUAUGACGUCAUCGAUCUGGAUCCCUACGGUAGCCCUGCCCAAUUCCUGGAUGCCGCUGUACAGGCUGUCAGUGAAGGAGGUCUGUUGUGUGUAACAUGUACAGACAUGGCAGUGAUGGCAGGAAACAGCGGAGAGACCUGCUACAGCAAAUACGGCUCAGUCUCCAUCAAAGCCAAAUACUGUCAUGAGAUGGCUCUGCGUAUCAUCCUCCACAGUUUGGACCAGAGGGCGGGGGUGUACCAGCGAUACAUCCAGCCCCUGCUGUCUGUCAGUGUGGACUUUUACAUCCGAGUCUUUGUGCGUGUCUUCACAGGACAGGCCAAAGUCAAAAACUCAGCCAGUAAACAGGCUCUGGUCUACAACUGUGUCGGCUGUGGGUCUUUCUACUUACAGAGAAUGGGCAGGAGAAAAAGCGAUGGAGGACAUAUGAAGUAUAGUGCUGCCACUGGACCCCCUGUUGGAACAGAGUGUGACCACUGUGGACACAAACAUCAGAUGGGGGGUCCUAUCUGGGCGGAGCCCAUCCACGACUUGGAGUUUGUCCAGAAGGUUUUAUCUGCUGUGUCGGGAAACCCAUCCCGAUUUGGAACAUCCAAGCGCAUCAACGGCAUACUCAGCAUGGUGACUGAGGAGUUGGAAGAUGUGCCUCUUUAUUACACUGUGGAAAAUCUAAGCAGCGCAAUACACUGCAAUACUCCAUCCCUGCUCCAGUUUUGCUCUGCUCUUCUUCAUGCUGGUCACAAGGUUUCCCUCUCUCACGCCUGUCAGACUGCCAUCAAGACAGACGCUCCACCUGCCACCAUCUGGGACAUCAUGCGAUGCUGGGAGAAGGCUAAUCCUGUGAAGAGGGAGAAGCUGUCUAAGACUAGCCCUGCCUUCAAGAUCCUCUCCACUGAGCCCAGCCUCGAGGCCUGUUUCACUGUGAGGGAGGACGCCAACCCUCACUCCCGUAAACGCCACCUAAACCGGUUCCAGGAGAAUCCUCAGGCAUUCUGGGGACCCAAAGCUCGUGCCAAAUCCAGCGGUGGCAUCUCUACUGACCUGCAGGACAAAAGAAAGAAGUUCCAGAACAAGAGGAAGAACCAGACCACAGAUCCCUCUCAGCUAAAAACCUUCCCCUGUAAGAGGUUCAAACAGGGAUUAUGCACACAUGGAGACACAUGCCGCUACUCCCACGACCUGGAGCAGACAAAGGAAGAGAAAAUGGAAUGAACAGUAUUCUCCCGAUUCAGUUGUGUUUUUUUUUAAAAUCUUAUUUCUGGAGUUUGAAUGGCCUAGUGCAGCCUGGACAAAGUGAGAAUAAUGCACUACAAUCAGAUUGUAUAAAGGUGAGGAAAACAACCUAAAAACUGUUAAUAUACAGAACAUAUCCAUUAUUCAGUUUUAUGCCAGAGGUUUAUGCGUUACGUUCUUUGUUUUUUUUUAUUUGACUAUUGUCAGCGCAUUUCGUACCAAUAAAGUCCCUCACUGUAACUUUAAA